AUGAGGAGAAAUUACUAUUUACAUUACCUAAAAAAUUUUUACCGGAUCUCUCCUAUACAAAUAAUCUCGUUAUUCACAGAAUUAAUUUUAAUAAUAAAGAAGAAAAAUUAUAUUUAUACAUCGUUCUCUUUCAGUUUAGAAUUUCUAACUUUUAUUGGCAUUUUUGGAUUUAUAAUAUCUUUAUUUCAAUCUUAUUUUUUGGAUUAUACAAAAUUAAUUAAAUUUAAUUGGAAUUUAUUUUCUAUAUUUAUUUUAAUAUUUUUUACCUUUUCAAUGGUUUUAUUUUAUUCUUUGGUUAGUUCUGUAAUGCAGCGAUCUUCUGCUUUAUUGUUUAAUAUUUGUGUUUUAACUUCUGAUUUUUAUUCAAUGCUGGCUGGUAUUUUUCUUUUCGGGCAAGAGUUUUAUAUUCUUUAUUUAAUUGCCUUUAUUAUAAUUAUUUUUGGCACAAUUUUAUAUAAUCGUGAAGAAACUAAUUAUGUAAAUGAAAAUGAACAACUUUAA